CAUAUGAUAAUUGUCAAAAGUAGUUAGUUUCUUAACCUUAAUCGCAGUAGGCUGAACAGAAUUGUGGCUUCAAAUGUCAUUUCGAUCAACGUCUCCUCUCUACGCACCCCCACUUUGGCCACAUAUGGCAAACUUGCAUAAACUUAGGUUACUUUACGACAGGGAAUAUCAACCACAUGCGUCUCAAUGUAAUUCUGCCCAACAGAGCAGAAUGAGUAAGUGUGUUUAAGCCAGAUGGAGGAAGAAACAAAUGGAAAGAACAGGAGGAAGAUGUCAGGGCAGCAGGAUGGAAAGCUACGGGGACGCAUACUGGUUCAUUGGCGUGUGUUAAAUUAGUUCCACUUCGCUGGUCUUCUAAUUUCAGAUGCUAUUCUGUUUAGGGAAACGCGACAAAAUGAUUGGGUCGGCGUUCUGUCAAUCAUCCAAUGAGGUAGGCCGUUCUCUCUGCCUUGUGCUGACUGCUUGCGACUCUGCACUUGCUCGAGCGCAUUCAGCCCAGAGCUGAGCUUGAACAGCUGGCGCGCGCGCACCUCAUUGGUCCUUGUUUUGUUUGUAUUUUUCCAGUCACCUGUUUUUCUUAGCGGAUUCCAUGCCCAACCUUUGUGUUAUGUCAUUAAGCGAUGUGAAAUAACACAACCAUGUGAAUUUGGGAGUCCUCGUUUUGGUCUUUAAAUUACAGCGGAAGGACGAGCUGUGUUUGCUGUGCUGAAAGCUCCAAAAUCGCGAGGAGACAGGACGGCUCCGUCCGAACGUCGCUGAAGCGAUGAAGAGGAAGAACCACUCAAUUGGAGUUUUCUUACUCUUCUGGAGACUGUCGCUGUUUCUCGGUGUUGGCCAGUGUAAGGAGGUUGACCAUGCUCCAAGAACUCGACAAGUGCCAAUGUCUCCCUCUGACUUUCUGGACAAACUGAUGGGAAGGACAUCUGGAUAUGAUGCCAGAAUAAGACCAAACUUUAAAGGUCCUCCAGUCAAUGUCUCCUGUAACAUUUUCAUCAACAGCUUUGGUUCCAUUGCUGAAACCACCAUGGACUAUCGCGUGAACAUUUUCCUUCGUCAGCAGUGGAAUGAUCCCAGGCUUGCCUAUGCAGAAUAUCCAGAUGACUCUUUGGAUUUGGACCCCUCUAUGUUAGACUCCAUUUGGAAGCCAGAUCUGUUCUUCGCCAAUGAAAAGGGUGCACACUUCCAUGAGGUUACAACAGACAACAAGUUGCUGCGGAUUUUUAAGAAUGGAAAUGUUUUAUACUCUAUAAGAUUAACGUUAACGCUCUCAUGUCCCAUGGAUCUAAAAAACUUCCCCAUGGAUGUUCAGACCUGCAUUAUGCAGUUGGAAAGCUUCGGUUACACCAUGAAUGACCUGAUCUUCGAGUGGCAGGAGAAUGGACCGGUCCAAGUGGCCGAAGGACUAACGCUCCCACAGUUCAUCCUUAAAGACGAAUCCGACCUCAGAUACUGUACCAAGCACUACAACACAGGUAAAUUUACUUGUAUUGAAGUGCGGUUCCACCUGGAGCGUCAGAUGGGCUACUACCUGAUCCAAAUGUACAUCCCGUCUCUGCUGAUUGUUAUUCUCUCCUGGGUCUCCUUUUGGAUUAACAUGGAUGCGGCCCCGGCCAGAGUGGCGCUUGGCAUCACUACUGUCCUCACAAUGACAACACAGAGCUCAGGCUCCAGGACUUCAUUGCCAAAGGUCUCCUAUGUGAAGGCAAUAGACAUCUGGAUGGCAGUGUGUCUUCUCUUUGUCUUCUCUGCACUGUUGGAGUAUGCUGCAGUUAAUUUUGUUUCUAGGCAACAUAAAGAGCUGCUACGAUUCAGGCGACAUCCCAAGAAGAGCAAGAACGGUGGAGGUGCAGUUGAUGCAGAUGCGCUAGCUGAAUCCCUCCAUCGUGUAAAUGUCGACAACGGCCUCAAGGCAUCAGACCCUCUCUAUGGAUCUAUCACCAACAUCUACAGCAGCAACUACAGGGAAGGGGAAGUGCAUGAGACCAGAGUGACCUCUACAGCCGCUGUAACCUCCACUCCCAGCAAUAGCAAGGACUCCAAGGCCACCACUAACAAUACUGUCACUGCACCAAACACUCAAGGAGCCACGGCAAACACUGCUCUGAAUCGCCCGGGCGUCGCUUCAGGAGGUGGGAAAAGCAUGGAGGAGAUGAGGAAGUUAUUUAUCGACCGAGCCAAAAAGAUUGACACGGUGUCGAGGGCCGGUUUCCCCCUUGCCUUCCUGUUUUUCAACAUAUUCUACUGGGUUCUUUAUAAAAUACUUCGCCAUGAAGAUUUCCAUUAUCCAUAAACAGACACACAUGCACUGCAUAUGUGGGGACAUGUUUUCUUCCUUUAUUUGGUCACAUUUCCUCUAUCAUGUGACCUGUGACCUCAAAUUGCCCCAAUGUUGCCACAAUCAUAGAUGUACAAGAAGAAACAAGCAUACACAGAUGUAAAAUAAUCAUGAUUUGGUCAUGUUGAAGACCAUUCGGCAUGACUCAGACAACACAGUUUUUUUUGUUUUGUUUUUUAUGAGAAAACAGGGUUUGAGAUCUGUGCUUGUAAUUUCAAUGCCCGAUUUCAAUUUAGUGCCUACUUCAUUUUUGAGGGUCUGUAUUGUUUCAUCUCCAUCACGUUCAAAUUAUGAUCACUUGUGCUUAUAUUAAAUUAACACCAAAAACAACACUCAUGCCAGAAAGGCAAGCAGGCAAACACAUGGCAGAAGAACAAAAAAAAUGGAAGUGACUGUAAAUCUACUAAUCUUAAGAAUUGAUACUUUGGCCAGUUUUUACAUUUGACAGUUUCCUAGGCCAGCCGAGAGACAUAGUCUAUUCGAUGGAGAUUUGCAAUGACAUCCGGAUCACAAUGGCUUUGUGCAUCUAACCAGUUUACUUAAAUUUCCGUAAAUGACGCAAUUCAUGACUCAUAUGAUUAAGGCCUGAUUUGGUUUGCAUUUGUACUGUUUUUUCCUGAUUAUACUGCCUCGUUCUAUAUCCAGACUGAGCCACAUUGGAGGAAAAAAAAACACACCAGAAUUGGGUCACUUGAACUGUUUCGCCUAAAUCCAGCCAGACUGUUCUUGACUGGUUUGAACUCUGCCCACUUUUUGUUAAUGACAAAAAAAGUGCAUUAAUUUUGAAAAGAAGUGAAAGAUAAUAAGAACUGAUCUCGUAGGGCGGUGCUCUCGCUCGCGCCCUCUUUUGAUGAGCCGCCACUGCCGUGAAGCUUCUGGAAUUCUGUGAAUUUCUGCAAAGGUUGGUCAUAAAAUGAAGUCUCAUCAAAAUCACAAGAAUAAACACAGAGUUUGCAUGAACUAAUACCACA